AUGGCGGGACACAGUGCUGCUGUGCAGAUAGAUAUGGUUCUGGAGAGGUCGCUGAGAGUUCUACAGCUUGCACAGAAGAAGAUGAGGAUGUAUGUGAAAAAGAAGAGCUGUGAUGAGUUAAGGUCUGGGAUGAUGGGCUGGUGUCUGGGUCCACAGUCCUCCCAAGAGACCCAGAAAAGGAGCCAAACGUGGUGUUCACAGUCCACCUGCCGGCCCUCCAGGGCCCCGCUCCAGCUGUGCCCCGCUCCGGGCGCCUGCUCCGCAGCUGGAGCGCCACCCGGGCUCUGCAACCUGGCACAGGGACAGGGACCGAGCCUUCAUCUCCCUGAGCUUCGGAGGGCUGUGACCGGAGAUCGCACGACAGGUGGUGACCCGAGCCCAGACCUCCGGCCGCACGACAAGGUUUCUGAGCAUAUGCUGUGGCUCUACGACAGGUACAGCGGCAGCAGCAGAGUCCAGGACUCCCAGACACCCGGCUCGCAGCCCCUGGGUCCCCAGCCCCUGCGCGGUGGCAACCCAGUUCGAAGCUUCCGAGCCACAGCCGCAGGAACUCUUCAAAGACAGGGGUUGCACACUUUUAAUCUGACUUCUUUAACUAAGUCCGAGAACAUUUUGUCAGCCACACUGUAUUUCUGUAUUGGAGAAUUAGUGAACAUCAGCUUGAGCUGUCCAGUAUCUCAAGGAUGCUCCCAUCACACACAGAGACAACACAUCCAGAUAGACCUCUCUGCAUGGAUCCUCAAAUCCAAUCAAAGUCAGCCCGUGGGUCACCUGUCAGUAGAUGUGGUCAAACCUUAUCGAGACAGUGUGCCCUGGCUGUCAAAAGACAUCACCCAGCUCUUAAGGAAGGCCAGGCAAAAUGAGGAGUUCCUCAUAGGAUUUAACAUUACUUCCAGAGCACAGGAACUGCCCAAGAGGGUGCUGCUUUUCCCAGAGCCUUAUAUCUUGGUAUAUGCCAAUGAUGCUGCCAUUUCUGAGCCAGAAAGUGUGGUAUCUAGCUUACAGAGACACAGAGAUAUCCCCGAAGGAACUGUACCCAAACUGGAUAGUCACAUCAGAGCUGCCCUUUCUGUUGAAAGGAGGAAGAAGCGUUCUACUGGAAUCUUGUUGCCUCUGCAGAACAAUGAGCUACCUGGGGCAGAGUAUCAAUACAAGGAGGAUGGAGUGUGGGAGCAGAGAAAGCCUUACAAGACCCUUCAGACUCAGCCCCCUGAAAAGAGCAAGAACAAAAAGAAGCAAAGGAAAGGGCCUCAUCAGAAGGGCCAGACACUGCAGUUUGAUGAACAGACUCUGAAGAAGGCAAGACGAAAGCAAUGGAUCGAACCUCGAAAUUGUGCCAGGAGGUACCUCAAAGUGGACUUUGCUGAUAUUGGCUGGAGUGAAUGGAUUAUCUCCCCCAAGUCAUUUGAUGCUUAUUAUUGCUCCGGAGCCUGCCAGUUCCCCAUGCCAAAGUCUUUGAAGCCAUCAAAUCAUGCGACCAUUCAGAGUAUAGUGAGAGCAGUGGGGGUCGUCUCUGGAAUUCCUGAGCCUUGUUGUGUGCCAGAAAAGAUGUCUUCACUCAGCAUCUUAUUCUUUGAUGAAAACAAGAAUGUAGUGCUUAAGGUGUACCCUAACAUGACAGUGGACUCCUGUGCUUGUAGAUAA